AUGCGACAUAGCCUUGCUGCAAGCCAUUUUACGAUCGUUGACGAGUCAUUGUUUUACAUUGGAUACUGGGGUCGUCAUCUGAAAAGCAGUCAAUACCGCACGUUGAAACCCUACCAGAAGGUGAAUCACUAUCCGGGAGCGUUUCACAUUGGCCGAAAAGAUCGUCUAUGGAUGCAUAUUGAGAAACAGCAACGUCGUUUUGGCGAAAAAGUCUAUGGUAUUAUGCCGAAGACGUACCUGCUACCGAAAGAUUACGACCAGAUGCGAGACUACCUGGCUGCUUCGCCGGCCAAUCACGUCAUAGUAAAACCGGUAUGUUCUGGUUCUCAUUCAGUUCGAGGAGCAGCACUCGACUUUGUGGGUAAUGUAAAUGGGGUGUGUAAGUAG